CAUUCUUCUUUCAUUACAUUUUAGCAAGAAAAACAUAAGGAAACAGCGGAUGAAGAUUCUGUUCAGUGCAGUUCUGGAGGCUCGGGAACCCGGUACUGGACGCCGCCUCUGUGAUCUUUUUAUGUUCAAGCCAUCGAAAAAGGACUACCCUGACUACUAUAAAGUUAUUCUGGAGCCCAUGGACAUGAAAACAAUUGAACAAAACAUUCGUACGGACAAAUAUGCAACAGAAGAAGCCAUGAUGGAUGAUAUGAAGUUAAUAUUUCGAAAUGCCUGGCACUAUAAUGAAGAAGGCUCACAGGUUUAUAAUGACGCACACAUUCUGGAUAAAAUCCUUAAAGAAAAGAGGAAGGAGCUUGGCCCUGUGCCAGAUGAUGAUGACAUGGCAUCUCCAAAACUCAAGUUAAGUAGAAAAAGUGGAAUCUCUCCUAAGAAAGCCAAGUUUUUGAGUCCUAUGCAGCAAAGGCUAAAUGAGGUGUAUGAAGCGGUAAAGAAUUACACUGAUAAACGUGGAAGACGUCUCAGCGCCAUCUUUUUGCGGCUCCCAUCUCGCGCUGAGCUCCCUGACUACUAUGUAACAAUAAAAAAGCCAAUCGAUAUGGAAAAGAUCAGGAGUCACAUAAUGGCCAAUAAAUAUCAGGACGUUGAUGCUAUGUGUGAGGACUUUGUGGUUAUGUUUAAUAACGCAUGCACUUAUAACGAACCAGAGUCUUUAAUUUACAAGGAUGCCUUGGUCCUACAUAAAGUAUUGUUGGAAACCAGAAGAGACAUUGAAGGGGAUGAGGACUCCCAUGUGCCCAAUGUGACACUGCUUAUUCAGGAGCUUAUUCACAACCUUUUUGUGUCUAUGAUGAGUCAUCAGGAUGAUGAAGGAAGGUGUUAUAGUGACUCUCUUGCUGAAAUCCCUGCUGUUGACCCCAAGUUACCUAAGCGGCCUCCAUUGACUUUUGAAAUAAUCCGAAGGAAUGUAGAAAACAACCGGUAUCGACGACUUGACUUGUUUCAAGAGCAUAUGUUUGAGGUACUGGAGAGAGCUCGACGUAUGAACAGAACGGACUCUGAAAUCUAUGAAGAUUCUGUGGAGCUCCAGCAGUUCUUUAUAAAGAUCAGAGAUGAGCUUUGCAAGAAUGGAGAAAUUCUUCUGUCACCGGCUCUGAGCUACACCACUAAACACCUCCACAAUGAUGUUGAAAAAGAGAAAAAGGAAAAGAUGCCUAAAGAAUUUGAAGAGGACAAGGCCAAACGAGAAGAGGAAAAGAAAGCUGAAAAAGCUGAAGAUCCUGGAGGAGUUUCUGGCCAAUCUGGAUUACAUCGCACUUACAGCCAGGACUGCAGCUUUAAGAACAGCAUGUAUCGUGUGGGAGACUAUGUGUAUGUGGAGCCUGCUGAGCCCGACCUUCAGCCACAUAUUGUUUGCAUAGAGCGCCUUUGGGAGGACGAUGCUGGUGAGAAAUGGUUGUACGGCUGCUGGUUUUAUCGGCCCAAGGAAACAUUUCAUCUCGCCACUCGGAAAUUUUUAGAGAAGGAGGUCUUCAAGGGUGACUACUACAACAAAGUUCCCGUGAAUAAAAUUCUUGGCAAAUGUGUUGUCAUGUUUGUAAAGGAAUAUUUUAAACUGUGUCCUGAAAACUUCAGAGAUGAGGAUGUGUACGUCUGCGAGUCUCGGUAUUCCGCCAAAGCCAAAGCCUUUAAAAAGAUUAAGCUAUGGACCAUGCCCAUCAGUUCAGUGCGGUUUAAGCCCCGAGAUUUGCCUCUGCCUGUGGUGCGAGUGGCUUCUGUGUUUGCACUAAAAACCAAAGAGGAAGAAGAGCCACCAGAGGAGAGCACAGAGGAAAUGAAGGAGGAGGACAUUACUAUCUGCUUGGAGAAGGGAAAAGAAGAUGUUCCAGUUGAAAUGCCCAAUGGGGAACCUGGUUGCCAUUACUAUGAGCAGCUUCGUUACAAUGACAUGUGGUUGAAAGUUGGAGACUGCGUGUUUAUCAAGUCGCAUGGUCUUGUUAGGCCAAGAGUGGGCAGGAUAGAGAAAAUGUGGCUUCGUGAUGGAGCAGCCUAUUUCUUUGGACCAAUAUUUAUUCAUCCUGAGGAGACGAUCCAUGAGCCGACUAAAAUGUUCUACAAGAAGGAAAUGUUCUUAAGUAAUUUGGAAGAGACCUGUCCAAUGGCCUGCAUUUUAGGAAAGUGUGGAGUGUUAUCAUUCAAGGAUUUUCUGUCUUGUCGCCCAACUGAGAUCCCUGAAAAUGACGUAUUGCUUUGUGAGAGUCGGUAUAAUGAGAGUGACAAGCAAAUGAAGAGGUUUAAGGGACUGAAAAGAUUUUCAUUGUCUGCAAAAGUUGUGGAUGAUGAAAUUUAUUAUUUCAGGCGAGGCGACCCGAUCUCCAGCGCUGGAAGCUCUGCAGAGGACAUGGGAUGUGACAUCACCCAUAAAGUUACUAUGGGGCUUCCGUUGUCGGAUGUGUCCUCUGCACCCACACAGAGAAGCACAGAGAAGCAGCGGCUGACGGCUCAGCGUGGGAUCGCGUCGGAUCCGCUUCAGAAAAGAAAACCUAUUGUUCCUCAGAAAGAACCAUCUCCCCUCCUGGAAAAAAAGAUCCAGGACUUAGAGGCGAAAUUUGCUGAGUUGGAAGGAGGUGAUGAAGAGAUUGAAGAUAUGGGAGAAGAGGAGGGUGAGAUCUUGGAGGCUCCAUCUCUCCCACAACUCCAAACACCCAUGUCUGGUGAAUUAGAUAUCAUGCCAUACACUCCCCCACAGGCCGCCGCCGUCGCCGCGCUUUCAAGCUCCCCCCGAUGCACCGACGACCUGACGGCAGAGGUCAGGCUGCCCUCCCCUGCCUCAUUGACGCAAAAGGGGAACGUAGCAGAGCCCACUGAAAAACCCACUGACAGACAAAAGCAAGAUGGCGACCCGGGGGAGACAGUGGACAGCAAAUUGCCCAAACCAGUAGUAGACACCGUAAAGUCUACGCCAAAGUCUGGCAAGAACAGCACCAAGAAAGAAGGAGGGAAGAGGAAGAUUAACAUGAGUGGUUACAUCCUUUUUAGUAGUGAAAUGAGGGCUGUAAUUAAAGCUCAACACCCAGACUACUCUUUUGGCGAACUCAGUCGUUUAGUAGGAACAGAGUGGCGAAAUCUGGAGGCCACAAAGAAAGCGGAUUAUGAAGAACGUGCUGCCAAAGUGGCAGAGCAACAGGAAAGGGAGAGAUUAGCACAGCAACAACAGCAGCAGCAACAACAGCAGCAGCAGAAUUCAUCUCCUAGAGCUGGAACACCUGUAGGAGCCCUCAUGGGUGUUGUGCCUCCACCCACUCCAAUGGGAAUGCUUAACCAGCAGCUGACGCCCAACUCGGGUAACAGAAACGGCAUGAUAGGGGGCUACCUACCUGGUCUGUCACCCAUGCAAGGCCCAAUUGAUGGUAUUGUUAGUAUGGGCAGCAUGCAGCCUCAUCUCCAUGGGGUGGUGCCACCCCCUCACCUUCCUCCACACGGUAUACCAGGCUUUCCGGGCUUUCAAGUGCAGGGCGUAAUGGCACAAGGAGUAUCUUCAAUGGCUGGAACGCCUGCAACUGGAAAUAUUCCAUACAAUCAGCAGGAUUCCUGCAGGUCUCGUUCGGUGCUGACGUUCCCCAGGCAGGUAUGGCUGGCGGCUGCUGUUGGCGGUCCUCCAGGGCAGAUGGGAAUGCUUGUUCCUGCUGGACAGCAGGCCCCGCCUCCAUAUCCUGGUCAGAAUCAAGUUAGUCAGCCAGCUGUACAACAGCCUUCAACCCCUGUGUUUGUGGCACCACCACCCAGGACUCAAAAGUUACUCCAUUCAGAAGCAUACUUGAAAUACAUAGAAGGAUUAACGGCUGAAUCAAACUGCAUCAGCAAAUGGGACCAGACACUGUCAGCUCGGAGACGAGAAAUCCACUUGUCAAAAGAACAGGAGAGUCGGCUUCCUUCCUACUGGUUGAAGAGCAAAGGGGCCCACACAACUAUGGCCAAUGCAUUAUGGCGUCUCAGAGACCUCAUGCUUAGAGACACCUUAAACAUCCGACAGGCAUACAGCAUUGAAAAUGUCUAAGCUGUUGCCACUGUUUUCUCUUUUCAUAGCAGAAUACUGAAUUUUGUGGAACAAUCAAUGUUUUUAGUGACUGAAAAGCCAGGCCUAUAUUUUUUAUUCACAUUUCUGUACAUUGUAAGACCAUUUUGAUAUAAGGACAUUUUUAAUGAGCUUAUUUUGACUUUUUCUUUUUCAUUUUUUUUUUUUUAUGUAUUUAGUUGAUGUCAAAUACAUUUUUACAUCUCUUCCGUCAUGUUUUUGGAUUUAAUGUCAAGGAUACACUUUGGAAUGUGGUGUGACAUGUACAUUGUUUUUUUAUUGAUGUUGUAGAAUAUGCCGUGUCACACUGCCAUUAUUUUAAAUUAAAUGUUUUUGUCACUAUA